CCCCAGUUUCAGCCAGACCUGGCCUGGGAUGUGGCCCAGCCCCUCCCUCCCGGAGCGUGGGACACUGGUUCUGGCCCGGCCCAAGGGGCAGGCGGGGCGGCUCCGGCUUCCAGAAUGGAGUUCUGAGAUUCGGGGAUGGGAAGGCCAAUCAGGGGCUCUGCUCAAGCCCUGUCCUGUGGGCCUCUGUGGCCCAGGUCUGCCUUGGCUCGCGGUUGACCACCCCCACCCCGCCUCCCAGGCCAGCCCCCCAGGACCCAGCUUUCAGGCAGGAUGUGCGGGGGACCCAGCUCCGGGCCCCCUACAGGCCAUAAAUCCCUUUCCCCGGGACCUUCUCUCUUGGCUCCUCCCAAGGCCCUGAGAAGGGGCACGAUGGGCAGGGGUCUCUCCAUUUCACAGAUGCUGACCCUGAGGCCCAGGACAGCUGUGAGGCACGGCCAGAGUCAGGAAGGAGGUCGUGGUCCUGGGCCUCUACCCAGCGCUCCCUGCACCCCCGGGCUGUCAGGUUGGAGCUGCCACCUUGGAUCUGUGGCUUCUCUUUCGGAGGAGAGUGAACUCCCCCGGCCACUGUCCAGCCCCACUCAGGAUGCACGGGCCACUGGGCUGCUCUUCCUGGUCAUGGGGGUAUGUUCCAGAAGGUUCUGCCACCCCAUGAACUUUCAAGAGGGCCAAGGAGCUUUUGAAAUAGCUGAUUUGCCUCAAGCCCCAGAACACAACCCCACCCCGGGGACAGCAACCCGAGAGCCCAGCAGGUCACAAGGCACCGCCUUGAGGGCCCCAGGACAGCCUGGUCCCCACCUGCUGGCCCCUGAGCCUGCGACCAGGCCCCCACCUGCCUGGUUGGAGUCCUGGCCUGCCCCGGUGGCUCCUGCUUGCCACCGACUCUCCUUGAACUGGCAGUGACACGCAGAUGUCCACGGGGCCUGUGGGCAGAUGCCGGGGAAGGAGCAGUGGCCCUCCUGGCUCAGAGCAUCCGGGCAUCGCUCAAUCCCGAUCCAAUGCGCCACGGGUGGCCAGUGGCCAGCUGGGAGGUCCAAGUCCGUCCGGUCCGGAUUCUGGGAGAACAAGGCCCUGGCUGCGGGCCCUGAGUCAUGGUGGAAGUUGGUAGGGCUCCCAGAGGACGUGGCUAGGAGAUCGGCCUGCAGGGACAGAGCGAAGUUCCCGGCAGAGUUGACGGGUCUGACGGCGGCCACCACGGCUUCCAAGCAGAGCAAAGGACCCCGUGCUCGUCACCUGCUCUCUGGGGUCUCAGCCUUUUCUGUGAGACGGAAGUGACCUUCCGAGCAUACAGCCAGCCAAGAGGGGGUUCUCGGGCACACCUCCCUCCAGGGUCCUGGACACCAGAGUCUCUGCACGGCCCCAAGGGCUCUGCAUGCCCCAAGGGCUUCUGCAGCCCGGGAUGGGGGACCCUGCUCAGGACGCAGGGGCUGGCACCAUGUGGGGCUCUGUCUGCUUCGGUCUGAGCAGAGCGCCCGCACCCCACCCGUGCGCACGCCCCAAGCCGCUCCCUGUCCACCACAGGGCCAGGAUGGACGGCGACUUCUCCUCUCAGAUGAAGAAGAUGGCCUUGGCUAUGGGCACGUCCCUGUCGGACAAGGACAUAGAGCUGCUGCCCACGGACAUGCGGCAUCACGGCUCCUUCAACUACCUCAAGUUCCUGGAGUACAUGCAGAAGUUCCAGGCCUCGGGGCAGCUGGACAGCGCCAUCCGCCAGGCCUUCCAGACCCUGGACAAGGACAAGAGCGGCUUCAUCGAGUGGAACGAAAUCAAGUACAUCCUCUCCACCAUUCCCAGCAGCGGGCCCACCGCCCCGCUGACCGAUGAGGAGGCGGAGGCCAUGAUCCAGGCGGCCGACACGGACGGGGACGGGAGGAUUGACUUCGAAGGUGGGUCAGCGCGGUCGACAGGGCUGGAGGGACCUCGCAGGACCUUCCAGGCCCGCCCCUCCGGGACCCCCCAAAACCGUUCAGUGCCCAUCUGGGCACAACACUGUGUAGGCUCCCCCUCCCCGGGCACGGAGUUCACAGCCGUCUUUGCUGGGCGCCAUCCUCCACCACGGACAGGAAAGUGUUGGGGGUGCUGAGUGGGGGGAGGAAGCCACUGCGGGCUGCUCAGUGGGGGAGAGGUAGGCUGAGAUGGCCAUGGGCAGGCUUGGCUGGACAGGGGCAGGGGUCCGAGACACCCCAGAUGGGAGUGGUCUCAG